ACAAAUUCUUAACUCUCUGUAACCGUUCCGUUCCACUCCCUCUCCACCACCAUCAUCAAUGUCUAAGGUUCAAUAACUCGUUUUCUUAUCUUCUUCUUUCAUUUCACACUCGCGCAUAUCAAAUUUCAUCCAUGUCGCAGAAGAAAAAGAACAACGCCCAAAACGACACCAAGCAAAACAAUGAAACUCAGAAGAAGCACAACAACAACAACAACGAGAAUAAGAAUGAAACGCAGAAGAAGCAGAACAACAACACCAACAACAUCAUCAAUAACAACAACAAUAAGAAGAACGAGAAUAAUAAAAAUAAUGAAACGAAACCAACUAACGUCAUUUUGAAGGUCGACAUGCAUUGUGAAGGUUGUUCUUCCAAAAUCGUCAAAUUCAUCCAAGGUUUCGAAGGCUUCGAGAAACUUGAUAUUGGUAAUGGCGGAAAGUUAACCGUCACCGGAACCGUCGAUGCUGGAAAACUCAGAGAUAACCUUACUAUUAAAACGAAGAAGAAAGUUGACUUCAUUUCUCCGGUUCCAAAAAAAGACAAGGAAAACAAAUCCGAAAAUGAGAACAAAAACAAACAGGAAGACAAAAAACCUAAAGAGCCUCCUGUGACGACGGCGGUUUUGAAGUUGGAGCUGCAUUGUCAAGGUUGUACUGAAAAGAUUCGCAAAACUGUUUUGAAAACUAAAGGUGUUCAGCAUGUGACUAUAGAUAAGGAGAAAGAGAUAGUGACUGUGAAGGGAACAAUGGAUAUGAAAGUUUUAGUGGAGAAGUUAAAGAAGAGGUUUAAGAGGAAGGUUGAGGUGGUCCCUGCUAAGAAGGAAAAGGAGAAGGAGAAGGAGAAGGAGAAUGAGAAAGUGAAAGAGAAAGGAGAGAAUGAUGGCGGUAACAAGAAGAAUAAUCAGAAAGGUGGUGAAGGUGGUGGAGGAGGAGGAAAGAAAAAGGGUGAGGGAAAUGGUGGUGAAAACAUUGCAAAAAAGGAGGUUUUGACACAACCUAGUUACGGUUAUGGUAAUGGUUAUGGAUAUGGUGGUUUUUUUGGAUUUGAUGAAGGUUAUAACUAUGGACAAGUUCAAAUGAUGCAUAUGCAGGAAGCACCACAAAUGUUUAGUGAUGAAAAUCCUAAUGCUUGUUCUGUUAUGUGACUUUGGGCACAAGCAAGGUUUUAUUUUCUUUUUAAUCUUUUUAGAUUGGAUAAGAAACAAGUAAAUUUUGUGGUUGGUUAACCAAUAUUGCUUGUUAGGUUAUAACAAAUUUGAGACUCUGAUACUAUGAUCCAUGUGAUGCAUAAAACCAUGCAACUUGU